AUGUCAGAAUUGGAGUUUGAUACCCCCAUGGCGACUGCGGAGGAGUCAGAGGCGGACGAAGAACCUCCCAUGCAGCCUUCCCCAUGCCCUCGUUUUCCGUGUGACACGUGUUUUCACACGUUCGCUACGCGAGGGGCUGCUGCGAACCACAUGAGGGUAUGCCGGGCGGCUGAGGCGGAGAGGCGCGCGCAGGCACUUGGCUCGACCCCGUCACUGGUGGAGACCGACACGCAGGAGCGACCGACGCCGCGGGAAUUUGGGGACGAGGCGUGGGUCGGGGUUACGUCUUGGGAAUGGGAAGCAUUUUUCAGUGUGGAGGCGGUUGGAGGGAGGACAGUGCGCCGGAUCCCACAGCGGGCUCGGUCGGGGGUCUUAGACGCGCUCUGUUGCGUCUUAAAGUGUUUGAAGAGCCGGCCGGGGGAUGAAGCCGCUACCCUCCUACUCUUGGCUUUUCCGCGCCUCAUCCUAGCCGUGCCUCCCAAGCCAGGCAUAGGACAGAAGGCGCUGAUCAUAGAGCGGUUGGGGGCGUUUUGGGAGGGGAGGUGGCGGGAGCUGUUCGACUCCGCCAUGGUGGCGGCGCGGCCAGCAGUACGCCCACUUGCCUACACUUGCUCUGACCAGGACCCGGAUGCCAUCCGCCUGUCACGGUGCCGAUCUCGGUGUAAAGUGGGAGAGUGGAGCCGCGGAUUGGCUUGCCUUACAGCAGGGGAGUUGGCCCGGCCGUCUGAGGCCAUGGUGCAGUCGCUGCGAGAGAAGCACCCUGCUAGCACUAGCGAGGUACCACAGUGGGUCCGUGAUUUCACCGUCGAUGCUCCUCAGCGGCCUCCACUCACGGCCGACAUCCUGGCCAGAACUAUCCAUACAGCCGCUCGCGCUUCAGCAACAAGGCCAUCGGGGUGGAUCACGGAGCAUCUGCGCGACACCUUCCUCACUGAACCUUCCUGCCUUUCCCACCUGUUGGAGGUGUUCAACCAAUGGGUGGCGGGACAGCAGCAGGUGAUGGAGUCGGUGACUAGAGAGUUCAGGGACCUACUUUUCCUGAGCUACGCAGAUGAUACCUAUAUCCUGGGACCGGCGGCUAGGAUUCUAGAGGCGUUUGGGGUGCUGCGGGAGCGGUUGGAAUGGGUGGGGCUGGAGGUGCAGGCGCACAAGUGCCGGUUUCGGGAGCGCGAGGGCGGGGAUGUGGAGCUGGCACUGCCAUUGGGGAUGCAGCGGGUGGAGGAGGGUCUCACUGUGGUGGGCGUGCCUAUUGGGGAGGAGGGUUGGGAGGUGACCCGGUUACGGGAGCGGCUUAGACAGUUGCAGGCGCCAUUGCCAUGGCUCCCCCUGCUCGACCACCCCCAGAUGGCUUCACAUCUCCUCGCCAUUGCAGUUUCAGCACGGCCGAUGUACCUGGCCCGGACUAUACCGCCGCGUCCGGAGGUGGUGGAGGCCUUCAGGGAUUGGGAUAGCUGUCUGGAGGAUUGCUUUGAGCAGCUUUUCCCACCUGGCACUUGGGAGCAUGACCCCGACCGGUCUAGGCGCGCGCGCUUGCAGCUGCAUCUCCCUGUGCGACUCGGAGGGUUUGGGAUCCGGGCAGCAGCCUCUUUGAGUCCGCUGUCCUAUGUUUGUGGGUGGGUGCAGGCCGCGCGUGAUAUUGCACAGUUGGGGGUGGCGGGCGAGGAGGCGAUGUUUGCGGAGUACCUCACCACUUCGGCAGGGGCGGAGUUUCUUGACCCGUGGUUUGCCAAGGCUCUUGAGCAGCUGCCUGCGACUAUACGCCAGGAGAUGCCGGGCUUACCUCUGUGCGUAGCGGCCCCUCUUCUUCGGCUUUUCCAGGCGCGGCAGCGGUUGUUGGCGGUAGAGGAGCUCCAGACACUGCGUCGCUCGGCUCGUGACGAUGCCACCCUGGCCCGUUUCACAUCCCUUCAGGGCCCGGGGGCUGGUGCAUCGGUUUCGGCGGUUCCGGCUCACUCAGAUCUCACAUUCACUGCGGCGGAGUGGGGCAUUGCUGCUGCUAUACGGCUCGGGCUCCCAAUUCAGCAGCUGCAGGUGGCGGGGAGGUGUGUUUGUGGCACAGCAUAUGUUGACCCAGCAGACCCGCAUCAUGCCCUGAGAUGGAAGCACCAGCAUGGUCCAUCUCGGGUACAUGAUGAGGUGAAGUUUGCGGUGGCGAAGAUCUCUAAGGCGUCUGGGGGGGUGGUGACAAUGGAGGAUAGUGUGGUGCUGCAGGGGAAGCGGGUGUGA